AUGUCGAACAACAACCCAAGAAAGCGCACUCUCGAGAGUGACGUCUGUGCCAUCGACGACAACACUCAGAAGAUUGUCACCGCGACGAAUGUCACAACCAGUGCAUCCCGAACGAUGCAAGACGACACGGAGGAAUCCAGCGCUCAGUCACUCGUGAUUCCAGCGGACAAGCUUGGAAAGACCGACACUGGGAGGACACCUUCCAUUCAGCUUGGCUCUCUCGCUGUCGAGAUUCAUAUUGACAUCGCUGAGCACUGCCACGAUGAAGACUUGUGCGCGCUGCGCCUGGUUUGUCGCAGCCUUGCAAAAGAUAGCACAGACAUCUUUGCCGCCCGCUGCUUCUCAAAGCUUGCUUGCAACAUUAGCUCUACGACUUCAGUCAAUCGUCUGCAGGCCAUCGUCGCCGUACCCGAGUUUUGCAGACGAGUAAAAUGCUUCUCAAUCUCCGCAAUUUGUGGUAUUGAUGCUGUGCCUUCCGACGGAGUUUCGUUCGUCGAUGAACAGGCUCUUCAUGCACUUACGCAGUGCUUCCGUUCUUUCAAGGAAGCCGAUGCAGCCAGAAGCAUUCGCAUUGAGGCUGGAGACGACGGACGCUGCUUCGAAGCUGCCAGUUACGCAUUGGGUAUGUCAAGCCUUGGCAUCGACUCGCUGAGUUUCCUUUUCAAGUGUUCGUCAGUGACUGGGCCAAUUCCUCUCGCAUCGUUAACGAUGCAAAAUUGGGAAGGCCUGUGUUCACUCUGGUCGAAGCUCAAAACUCUCAAAAUGGGAAUUCUGGGCACCAGGGAGAAGCUCGCUAAUCAACGUAAUGGACGAUUUCGCCAGCUCUUAGCGAAAGCUACGAGUCUCAAGUCUCUUACCCUGGGAAACGACUAUCAUGCCAUGAGUCCGGUGCUGCGCUCUGUGCAGGAGCUGCUCCCUGUGUCGCCGUUGCGCCAACUGAAACUGGUCAACGUAGAGACGAAAUGGGAUGAUCUGAUACGUCUUCUCGCACACUAUCAUCGCUCACUGAGGGAACUGACUCUAUGUGGCGUCGAGAUCUUCAGCGAAGCAGAGGAUUUAUGGCCUAACGUGUUGAACCAGCUGGAAGGCAUACUGCAGCUGGAAACCUUCGAAGCCGAUCAGUUGUCUCGUGUGACAGUCUACGAGGAAUAUCUUUUCGGCAUCGAACCACGUUGCUCGCAAAUCCAUUACGUUGGAACUAAAGAAGAAGUCUCGGCGCAGCUGAAAGAGCUGGCCACGAUGGGAUAUGAGGUAAACCGCUGGGCAAGCGAUGUCGACGUUGAUGAGAGAUUCUCGCUCGAUGAGGAUGAGGAAGCUAUUGAUGAAAUCAUCGACUGGCGCGUCGAACAAGCUUGGGAGGGAAGUGGAUAUGAUCACGAGUAG